UUCUCUUUCAUUCUCGUUUCUUCAUUUCAUCUUUUUUUCAUGUCACAGUUGACUUGUUGACUUGCCUGCUUCGUUAUUUUUAACUAAGGAUUAGAUAGCAUAUAAUGGCCUUUGGCUUUUCCACUUUCCCUAUUCCUUCUCGAGCUACAUCACUAUUCUUUUGUAGGUUCCUGUCCCUGAUCCUCCACUAUGUCUCAACUGUUAGUGCUCAGACAGGUCCUGAGGCAAACACUCGUAUGCCAUUUGCUCAAAUUGGCUCGAGACUCUAUCUCCAAGGUGGGCCGUAUGACAAAAGAAAUGGACCAUUUUUCUCUGUUGACCUCGCAGCGUCGUGGACUCUUGAUACCGUUCCUUGGACAUCCCACAAUUAUGGAAAUUUCACAAGUUAUCAGAAACAAAUCGGCGUAGGUAUCAACCAAACGCUUUACAUUUACGGUAACAUUGUUUAUGACAAUCUGAGGGUCAAUGUCGAUGAUGCAAGUGCGGAAUGGAGUCUUGUUGCGCCCCCAGGGCCGAGACUCUGUAGAUCUCUACAAGAUUUUGCCGUAGACACUCGAAAAGGAGUAGUUUACAGUUUUGCCUUCCCCUUUAAAGAUACCAUGUGCCUGCUUGGCGACUUCGAAAAGGGAUGGGAAACUCGCCUUGUCAGUAAUGGCACACUAGUGGUUACACCCGACUUUAUUGGAUCUGUUUACAACAGCAACAGGAAUAGUGUUAUGGGAGGCUAUAGGCUUGAACAAGAUUCAUCAACGGCGUAUGUCACAGAAUAUCGAAUCGACUCUAACUCAUGGUCAACUAUUCCUGUGAAAGGACAAGUCCCUACCACAAGGGAGGCGAAUUGCAUGAUCAUUAAUGAGGAUAAUACAAAGAUUGUUGUCUUCGGAGGCUUCACUCCUGCAACUCGCGGUCCCUCAGGCUUUGUUGUUCCUUCUUCAGAAAUCUUUGUCCUUGAUCUCAAUUCAGGAGAGUGGAAGAAGGGCCCUGAUGCAGCUGAACCGCGGGCUCACGCUGCCUGUGGUAUUGUUGGUAAUCGCUUCGUAGCUUGGGGCGGUGAAAAACAUCCGAAUAGCGAUCCACUUGAUUCGACCAUUGUGUUUGACCUGACCAAGUUUGAGUGGGUCACGGCUUCCUCCAACGACCAUCCAUCUCCUACACCUUCUUCCGACCCAUCACCUUCAAGUACCUCUAUAGCUAAGGCUUCAAAUACUAAUAUUGGAGCGAUAGCAGGCGGAGCAGUAGCAGGGUUAGUCUUGGUAGCAUUGAUCGUAGCUGUCCUCAUCUAUAGAAGGCGAAAGCAGAGGUUGGGUGAAGGGCAUGGACCCAUUAAACAGAAGAUAGUCGAACAUAAAGACAACUCAGGCGAGUUAAGUGAAGACGAAGCAUACUACAAGAAUGAAUUCCAAUACCGCAACCCUCACACUAUUUCAUCACCGCGCAGUCCUCAGCAGUAUCCUUAUUUAGGACGCGAUCCUCAGUGGGCAUCUAAACUCGCCCAUGAUAAUGAUCAAGACCAUGCAGAUCGUGUUUUAGAAGAAUAAUUGUAGAUCUAACUGCGAGCUAUAGAUUAAUAUACAAUGUAAAUGAUAUCGGAAUACCUUUCCGUAUUUAUUUCCUAAUAAACAAAAGGC